UUUCCUGAAUCUGGCUAAUAUUUCAUUGUGGUGAAGUGCUACAGACAUCAUGACCUUUGUGGACACUCUGCGACAAUGGGACGAGGCUGUGACAUGUGUGGAUAAAAAGAACCUCCCAGAAGCCCUCAGGAUUUUCUUGGCCAUUGAAGAACCAAACUCCAAAAUUUAUUUCAACAUCGGCUGUCUUCACCUUCUCAACAAAGAUUUUGACGAUGCAGAAAAGGCUUUUGACAGCAGCAUACGCAAAGAUGAACACCUGGCUGUGGCCUUCUUUCAAAGAGGAAUCACCUUCUACAAAAAGGAGAGGUUGGAGGAGAGUUUAGGCGACUUCACAAACGCCUACAAAGCACUUCGAGGAAACCAACUGAUCGACUACAAAGCCCUUGGACUCAGAUACAAGCUGUCUGCAUGUGAGGUUCUUCACAACAUGGCUCUGGUUGAAGCUCAUUUGGGAAACUGGACAAAUGCCCAAGAAAACUUGCAGAAAGCCCUGGACUAUAAGACUGAAAGCAAAAUCAACCUUAUCAACAAAGCAUUUCAGUCUAUUCUGAAACAAAAGCUGUUCAGACUGGUGGAGUUCCCAUCCAGUGAGCUUUUCAGGCCAAAUAAGAACUAUGUGGCAGAACUACAGAAGAAGGACUACCUGGGGAAAGCAAAGGUUGUUGCCUCAGUUGUUCCACAAGAUCAGUUUUCAGGAUUUGCACCAUUACAGCCCCAGGUGCAGGACGGUCCUACGACUCCGAAGGAGCCCGGGGUCUUCAAGGCUUUAGAAGGAAAAGCGCACAUAGUUUUAUUCGAGUUAUUUCCUGAGACCAGUGAUGAAUUGGCCGUCGUGCCUGGAAACAUUGUGUUUGUGCUUCAGAAAGGAGCAGACAACUGGGCCACUGUUAUUUUCAACGGGAGAAAGGGGCUUGUUCCUUACAAUUAUCUACAGCCCCUGGAUAUUUCACCCACAUCGAAAAGACCUGAGGGAAUAGACAAACCUCCAACACAUGAUCCACCAACAAGACCAAAAAGAAACGGUGAUCAAAGUCCUGCUAUUGGAAGCAGAGCUGAUAAAGACGAAAAGGAUACAGAGUUUGCAGAAAAUAGCUGCAUCAUCAAAAUCCACUUCACUUUUACCUUCACGAUCUCACUUCCUCUGGGCUCCUCUUAUGAAGCACUUAUCAACAAAAUUAAAAUGAAAUUAAAACUGGAAACAACAUCUUUAACUCUGAGUUUAACCCCCGGGGCCACAGAAGACAGUGUAAUCAAUGAAAACACAAACAUGAAAAGUGUGUGGAACAAAGCCAAAGAUGGGCACCUCACUUUGUGGUGUAAAGUCAAUGAGCCUCCUCACAAAUCAGAGAUUUCCUUUGUUGCUCUUCACACUUACGAGUCUUCGAGUCCAGAAGAUCUCAGUUUUAAAGAAGGAGACAAGAUUAUUUUACUGUCUAGAAUUAACCAGGAUUGGAUCGAAGGCCAGUGUGGUGAAAAUACAGGCAUAUUUCCAGCUGCUUUUGUCAAAGAGCUACCAGUCAAUGGGAAGUGACUGAAGGCUUUCAACUGUCUUUCUAUGUCUACUAUUUCAAUGUUUAUAUUUAUAUGAAAAAUAAAUUAAUAAAUCAAUAAAAUAUGUAAUAAUAAUAAAUAAUAAAUAAAAGGGACCAAUCAUUUACAUUUAGUGCAUGUUUUAAUCAAAGCGAAUACAACUACACAUUGAUAUUUGACAAUUUUAUAUCAAUAUAAUAAAUUAUACAUCUAUAUUGAA